ACUACUAUUUUGUUUUAAUUGCGCACAUUUUGCUUGGAAAUCACAGGAAGAAACACAACAAAGCAUUGCCCAAGGUACAGAAACAAUAAUAAACGUACUUAAAACUCAUUUAAAUUCCAGCAUUUUUCUACUUAUUUGAGAAGUUUAACAUUUCAGAAGCAGACACUGCCUCCCUUCCUGCAACAACUUUCUCCUCUUAAGUCUCAUUUUUCCCCAGUUUCAAGGGCGAAUUCUAGAACUCCCCGGAACCGCCACCAGUUAACCAGAAUUCAGUGGCUUUGGAAAAUAAAACUGCUUUUAUAGCUCUUCUGGGUAUUUGAGAAAGGCACUUGUGAAGGGUUAGAGUUGAAUCUUUUGAUGCGAAAGUCGGGUUUUCCUGAUACUGGGAUUCCGGGAUUCCAGGUGUUGGGGUGGCCCAAUUCCUGCGAGAAGCAAUAGCGGGCGGUGACAUGAGGAGCACGGUGCGUCCGGCGAGUCCUUCCGCCUGGGGCCCUCCCGACCCCCCGCCUGCGCCCCCAGGACUCUGGCCUCACCCGGCCGUGCCGGGGCCUCUGUGACGCGGCGUUCCAGGCACUCGGCCCCGGCCGAGCCCGUAGCUAGAGCGGCUCAGAGACAGGAGACGGCGGCAGCAGCGGCGGCAUGAACCACUGCCAGCUACCGGUGGUGAUCGACAACGGCUCGGGAAUGAUCAAGGCGGGCGUGGCUGGGUGCCGGGAGCCCCAGUUUAUCUACCCGAACAUUAUCGGCCGCGCCAAGGGCCAGAGCCGCGCGGCCCAGGGCGGGCUAGAACUCUGCGUGGGCGACGAAGCUCAGGACUGGAGGAGCUCGCUGUUCAUCAGUUACCCAGUGGAACGUGGUCUCGUUACUUCAUGGGAGGACAUGGAGAUCAUGUGGAAGCAUAUCUAUGACUAUAACCUAAAGCUGAAGCCGUGUGAUGGCCCAGUCUUGAUUACUGAGCCAGCGCUGAACCCACUGGCCAACCGGCAACAGAUCACGGAAAUGUUUUUUGAGCAUCUGGGUGUUCCUGCCUUCUAUAUGUCCAUCCAGGCUGUGCUGGCUCUCUUUGCUGCUGGCUUCACUACUGGCCUUGUGCUGAAUUCAGGUGCUGGGGUUACCCAGAGUGUGCCCAUCUUUGAGGGUUACUGUCUGCCUCAUGGUGUGCAGCAACUGGAUCUGGCAGGCCUUGACCUCACCAACUACCUCAUGGUGCUAAUGAAGAACCAUGGUAUCAUGUUGCUCAGUGCUUCAGACAGAAAGAUUGUUGAAGACAUCAAGGAGACCUUUUGUUAUGUGGCAAUGAACUACGAAGAGGAAAUGGCCAAGAAACCCGAUUGUCUAGAGAAAGUUUACCAACUACCUGAUGGGAAGGUCAUCCAGCUCCAUGACCAGCUCUUUUCUUGUCCAGAGGCCCUCUUCUCUCCGUGUCAUGUGAACGUUGAGGCCCCUGGCAUUGAUAAGAUAUGCUUCAGCAGCAUAAUGAAAUGUGAUACAGGCCUGAGGAAUUCCUUCUUUUCCAAUAUUAUCCUUGCCGGGGGAUCAACCUCUUUCCCUGGUUUAGACAAGCGGUUAGUUAAGGAUAUAGCAAAGGUGGCUCCUGCCAACACCGCUGUGCAAGUUAUAGCUCCUCCAGAAAGGAAAAUAUCAGUGUGGAUGGGAGGUUCUAUUCUUGCAUCCUUGUCUGCCUUCCAGGACAUGUGGAUCACUGCUGCAGAAUUUAAAGAAGUUGGACCCAACAUAGUACACCAAAGAUGCUUCUGAAAUACAGAUAAAAUGGUUGGAAGAAAAUGUUUUGAGUAUAUGUGACAGAAAACUUUGGAUAUUAUAUGUUUCUGGGAGAAGAGAAAAUACUUCACCUAUUGGGAUGCCAAUAUUUCUGUUGUAUUUCUAUAAUGAGUUCGGGGGAUAAUAAUGGUGAAGCUCAAGAACAGAUGUCUAUUGAGUAGAACCAAGUUAAAAUAAUGUUUCCCAUAGUGUUUCUUCUAUAACUUGACGUUGGUGAGCUUAUAUUUCCCUUGGAAGAGAGCAUUUGUGGUACAAUAUGCUAUGUGCCAAAUGAGUGAUAAGAUUUAAGCUUAUUGAAGUUUAGGGAAAGAAGGUUGCUGUGGUGAGGAAUGAGACUCCAUAGCAGAGGUAUGCCAUCAUGGAAGGGGUGGCAUUGGGAUGGAGGGCAGAUAUCCAGGCAAGCAUACUAAAAUGAACAAGUUGCUAAAGAUGAGAAUGAACAAAGCAUAUUCAGGGCAUGUUUAAUAGACUGAUUUUGUUUUUAAAAUUUUUGUUUAUGUAUGUAUUUAUUCAUUUAUUUAGUUUUAGAGGCAGAGUCUUGCCCUGUGUCCCAGGCUGGAGUGCAGUAGUGCAAUCAUAGCUCACUGCAGCCUCCAACUCCUGGGCUCUGCCCUCAGCCUCCCAAGUAACUGAAUCCACAGGUAUGCACCACCACGCCUAGUUUAGACUGAUUUUGUUCAAGUCAAGAGCUCAUAUAGAGCAGAACAAGCACUAUGACUAGCAAGGUUAAGUGAAGGCCAGGGACUGAAAGGCUUAAAGUGCUAAAUAUCCAAUAUGCAAAGGAGAGAAAUUAAAGAUUUAAAAGCAGGAGCCAUAAGGAAGCUAUGUAAUGAUGAAUGUGAUAGUUUGGAGAAUAAAUUGAAUGAGGAAGGCCCUGGAGAUUUGGUGAUCAGUUAGAAAGUUACUAGUCCACAUAUAAAGUGCCAAGUCUUGUACUCAAGAUUAUAAGCAAUAGGAAUUUAAAAAAAGAAAUUAUGAAAACUGACAAGAUUUAGUGCCUACUUAGAUAUGAAGGGGAAAGAAGGGUUUGAGAUAAUGUGGGAUGCUAAGAGAAUGGUGGUAGUGUUGACAUAUAACUCAAAGCAUUUAGCAUCUACUGUAUGUAAGGUACUGUGCUAAGUGCAAUAGUGCUAAAAACAGGAGUCAGAUUCUGUCCGUAAAAAACUUUACAACCUGGCAGAUGCUAUGAAAGAAAAAGGGGAUGGGAGAGAGAGAAGGAGGGAGAGAGAUGGAGAGAGAUUUUACUUUUCUUUCAGAUCGAGGACCGACAGCGACAACUCCACGGAGUUUAUCUAACUGAAUACGAGUAAAACUUUUAAGAUCAUCCUGUCAUUUAUAUGUAAAACUGCACUAUACUGGCCAUUAUAAAAAUUCGCGGCCGGGUGCGGUGGCUCACACCUGUAAUCCCAGCACUUUGGGAGGCCGAAGCGGGUGGAUCACUUGAGCCCUGGCGUUCGAGACCAGCCUGGGCAACAUGGUGAAACCCCCGUCUCUACUAAAAACACAAAAACUAGCCGGGCGUGGUGGCAGGCGCCUGUAAUCCCAGCUACUCAUAGGAGGCUGAGACACGAGAAUCUCUUGAACCCGGGAGGCAGAGGUUGCAGUGAGCCGAGAUCACGCCACUACACUCCAUCCAGCCUGGGCGAAAGAGCAAGACUCCGUCUCAAAAAAAAAAAAAAAAAAAAAAAAAAAUCGUUACAAUUUAUGGUGGAUUACUCCCCUCUUUUUACCUCAUCAAGACACAGCACUACUUUAAAGCAAAGUCAAUGAUUGAAACGCCUUUCUUUCCUAAUAAAAGGGAGAUUCAGUCCUUAAGAUUAAUAAUGUAGUAGUUACACUUGAUUAAAGCCAUCCUCUGCUCAA